AUGGACAGUGGUGCUCACCUGAUGGGCAUCUUCAGCAGUGGUGGGGGUGGUGGCAAGGCCCCUCCACAGCUGAUUUUGAUCAUGGCCCUAAGAUUCAGGGCAAUGGAUGUAAGCCACACGGGAGAUUUCGGCUUCAUCUCAGGGAGACCCCAGACCCCACUGUUCCUUAGGGGGUUCCACUAUGGCCUCCUGCAGGGAACGGCGGGUGGGGACAGAGUGCGGGGCUCCGUGCUGGACGGUGUCUGGAGGGGCCCCGAGGGAACCACCCUUCACCGGGAGAACACCAAGGCCAGAAGGGGAAGAGCCCUGCUCAAGGUCACCCGGCAGGAAAUCGGUGCCCACCGGCGCUGCCGCCUCCUGCUCUCCGGCACUGGUGACUCACUGCUCCAGGUCCGCGGGGCCACCUCCUUCGGUCUCGAGGACCGGGUUUUAGGAUCUGGGGACUUUGAUGAUUUUAACCUGGAGGAUGCAGUGAAAGAAACUUCCUCAAUAAAGCAGCCAUGGGAUCACACCACCACCACCACAACCAAUAGGCCAGGAAUCACCAGAGCUCCAGCAAAACCUCCAGGUAGUGGAUUUGACUUGGCUGAUGCUUUCGAUGAUCAAGAUAAUGGCCGCAGGAAACCGGGUAUAGGAGGAAGAGAGAAAUGGAACCAGGUAACCACCACGACCAAGAGGCCAGUAACCACCAGAGCUCCAGCAAAUACUUUAGGAAAUGAUUUUGACUUGGCUGAUGCCUUGGAUGAUCGAAAUGAUCGAGAUGAUGGCCGCAGGAAACCGAUUGCUGGAGGAGGAGGUUUUUCAGACAAGGAUCUUGAAGACAUAGUAGGGGGUGGAGAAUACAAACCUGACAAGGGUAAAGGUGAUGGUCGGUACGGCAGCGAUGACGACCCUGGAUCUGGCACGGUGGCAGAGACCGGCACCAUUGCAGGGGUGGUCAGCGCCCUGGCCAUGGCCCUCAUUGGCGCCGUCUCCAGCUACAUCUCCUACCAGCAGAAGAAGUUUUGCUUCAGCAUUCAGCAUGCAGCAGAAGGUCAAGAGGGUCUCAACGCAGACUACGUGAAGGGAGAGAACCUGGAAGCCGUGGUGUGUGAGGAACCCCAAGUGAAAUACUCCGCGUUGCACACACAGUCUGCAGAGCCGCCACCACCCGAACCAGCCAGGAUCUGAGGGCCCUGUCCAGCUGUAGGCGUGCACAGUGGUGCCACCGCUUGUCACCCGGCUCCCCCCUUCUCCCCACCCUUCAUUUGGACCCACAGCUGCUGUGCUGCUCUGUGUCGUCGGCUCCUUGUUGGUCUAAGUUUUCCGGACGAGCUCUGGGGGUUUGUGAGUUUGGUUUCUCUGCCCUGCCACAGGUGCUCUGAGACUUGGUGCCGAAAUUCAAGAGCCAGCUCUGAUAGAAAGCCAGCACCAGCCUCGGGAACUGCUGAGCCACCAACUCCCAAAGCCAGCCUGCCUCCAGCUUUACUGAGCACAGGAUGUGGGGGCCAAGAUGGUGCUGGGGCUGGAUGACAUGUAUGCUUAGGGGACAAGAGUUGGAACCCAUGGGACUGUGACCCCUGCACACUGGAGUGGCUCACUGUGGCAGGUUUCUGCCAAUAGCCCCUGACGGUGACCUCAAGGAGCUGCAGGUGGGGAACUCAGCCUGCACCCACUUCACUUGGAGCCCCUGCAAGGAGCGAACCAGUCAGCACCAAGUAACAGCACGCGCACGCAGCACCCAGGAUGAUGGUUUCACUUCGGUCUUCCCCAUCCCGGCUUUUAUGUUGCUGGGCUUCCAGGGAGCCGGUGCAAGUGGAGACUUUCAGUUAUUUAAGUGCAGACAUGUAUCUCAUGAUAGUCCUGCCCUGAGAGUUUAGAAAUCCUCUGGAUAAGUAUGAAGCAAUUCAUAGGCCUGUUUCCCAUCUGAUUCCAUAGGGGACUGGAUGUGGCCUUAGGGGUGACAUGAUAAAGGUCUUUAGGAAUCAUUUCUGCAUUGGAGAUGAGUUUUAUCCUGUGCUGGGGAGAGGUGCGCACCCUCCACCCUGUAUCUAUUCCUAUUUUGGUAGCAAGAGCUACCGAUGUCAAGAACGAGCAUCAAAGCCAGAA